GCUGCACUUUCCCCUAGUCAUUGCUUCAGAUUCAUUCAGACAGUGCCACCUAAAGACGCAUCUUAAUCUUAACAAAUCACAUUUCAAGGACUCAGAGUAUGAUUUUAAUUGACAUCAUUUCUGCAAGAUCUUCUAUGGAAAAGCAAGGAAGCCGGUUCAUAGCUGGAACAAAGUUCAGCCAAAGAGACGCCUUCAGAGAAUCCUGAUCUUCUGUGUUUCUGUCGCACUGACUGUUCCAGUAAAGAUUUUUGGAUCAAAUAUACAAACAUUGUCAUUGAAUUUUAGUUUUAAUCCAAAGAGAAUUAAAAAAAGAGAAAAGAAAUGGUUGGAUUUCAGCCAGUGAAUGUGCCUCCAACAGCAGCUGUUAAGUUUGUGGGCGCAGGAACUGCAGCCUGCAUUGCUGACCUGCUCACUUUUCCCCUGGAUACUGCCAAAGUGCGGCUGCAAGUCCAAGGAGAGACCAGCAUCUCUGAAGCAAAGGGGAAAGUUCCUGCAGUAAAAUAUCGGGGUGUGAUUGGUACCAUCAUCACCAUGGUGCGCACAGAGGGGCCUCUGAGUCUCUACAGCGGGCUGGUUGCAGGGCUGCAGAGACAGAUGAGCUUUGCCUCUGUCCGCAUUGGUCUCUAUGACUCUGUUAAGCAGUUCUACACUAAAGGAUCUGAUCACGUCAGCAUCGGCAGUCGUCUGCUUGCGGGAUGCACCACAGGAGGAAUGGCUGUGGCUGUGGCUCAGCCCACAGAUGUGGUGAAAGUCCGUUUUCAGGCACAGGCCAGGUCUAAUGAGAACGCUAGGCGCUACUGUGGCACCAUUGAUGCCUACAAGACCAUUGCUAAGGAGGAAGGCAUCCGUGGUCUCUGGAAAGGCACAGGCCCCAACAUCGCCCGCAAUGCCAUUGUUAACUGCACAGAGCUGGUGACAUAUGACUUCAUUAAGGAUUUCCUCCUCACCUCCACUCCCCUGUCUGACAACCUGCCUUGCCACUUCGUAUCAGCCUUUGGUGCCGGGUUAUGCACAACUGUGAUCGCUUCCCCAGUGGAUGUGGUCAAAACCAGAUACAUGAACUCCGCCCUUGGCCAGUACAGCAGCGUCCUCAACUGUGCUGCUGCCAUGAUGGCCAAAGAAGGUCCGCUCGCUUUUUAUAAAGGCUUCAUGCCAUCGUUCUUACGGCUGGGCUCCUGGAACGUGGUGAUGUUUGUCACAUACGAGCAGCUGAAGCGAGCUCUGAUGGCAGCCAAUCACAGCCAAACAGCUUUAUUAUAACCUCUGAAGCUUACCUGAAGGCUGCUACUGGGAAACAGCUGCCUUCCAUUUAGCUUUCUUUCAGAGUACACUUCAGCUCACACCUAAUGCAGUAAACCUUUUUAAGUUUUUGGGAGUGCAACACCUUCAGCUAAUACUGUAAAUAUUUCAGAUUUAGAGCUUGCUUGAUCAGCUGCUUGCUUUCAGCGGAGAGCUUUUUUGGAAAGUCAAUGUCAAAGGUGAGGAUGAGGCUUCCUCUCUGGGUCGGAUCCUGCGGCAGCGGCAUUCCCUCUCCACUCAGCACUUUUUUGUACGACUGGCUGGUUCGUCACGGGGGAAAAAAAAGAAAGUGGUGCUGAUAUUAAAACAUACAGUUGACGCAGAGUGGCUGUAUUUUAGACACUA